AGAAAGAUGAGCAGCUCAGAAGAGGUGUCCUGGAUUUCGUGGUUCUGCGGACUCCGAGGAAAUGAAUUUUUUUGUGAGGUCGACGAAGAUUAUAUACAAGAUAAAUUUAAUCUUACCGGAUUAAAUGAACAAGUUCCACAUUAUCGUCAGGCAUUGGACAUGAUUUUAGAUUUAGAACCUGACGACGAUUUGGAUGAUAAUCCAAAUCAAUCGGAUUUAAUUGAGCAAGCAGCAGAAAUGCUUUAUGGCCUCAUUCACGCUCGCUAUAUUUUGACGAAUCGUGGAAUAGCUCAGAUGAUUGAAAAGUAUCAAGCUGGUGAUUUUGGCCAUUGCCCACGUGUUUACUGUGAGUCUCAACAAAUGUUGCCACUCGGAUUAAGUGAUGUUCCUGGUGAAGCCAUGGUUAAAAGUUACUGUCCUAAAUGCAUGGAUGUUUACACACCAAAAAGUUCACGACAUCAUCAUAAUGAUGGUGCAUAUUUUGGCACUGGAUUUCCUCAUAUGUUGUUUAUGGUUCAUCCAGAAUAUCGACCUAAACGUGCUACAAAUCAAUUUGUUCCUCGAUUGUACGGCUUCAAAAUCCACCCUUUAGCUUAUCAAAUGCAACAACAAUCGGCAGCAACAUUUAAAGCUCCAUUACGUGCACUUUAUAAUAAUGGCAAACGUUAA